AUGAAAUUUACGGAAGUGACAUCACCGAAAAACAAGCCCGGCAAGUCAGGCAAGCGGAAGGACACGGUACCGAACCAGAAUCUGUACACCAAACAAAUCCGGAUGGACCAGUACAACGGACCACGUUUUCUGAUCCUCAAACGCACUGACCCUGGAAAGACAAUGGAACUCGAAAAUCCUUUCUUCAUUAAGAAAGCGAUGGACGCCAUCACGACAAACGUUCAAAUUAGCAGAUUGAAAGAUGGCGACCUGUUGCUGAAAACGGUUGACCGACAUCAAGCAGCGAAGUUGUUGAAGCAAGAAAAGUUUGGCGGCACGAUGAACAUCAAAAUCACGGAACAUCCCAAACUGAACCUUUGCUCCGGAACCAUUUUCUGUCGAGAUCUGAUCAAGGUCUCUGAUGAACUCAUCCUCAGCGAACUCAAGGACCAGAAGGUAGUCAAGGUUGAUCGAAUGAAGAAAAAACUCGACAACGGACAGCUUAUCGAUACGGGAGUCUUUAUCCUCACGUUCGAUUUGUGCCACAUACCUGACUCCAUUGAUGUUGGAUUCUACCCGUGCAAGGUCAAACAAUACAUCACAUCCCCCCUCCGCUGCAUGAACUGUCUUAAAUACUUGGACGAAAUGGAAAUCCAAAAAAUUAGUGUGACUGAACGCCUUUCGCUGAACGAUGCCCGCAAGAAGAGAAGACAACAAGUACCCGAAGUCCCAGUCUGCACCAGCGCAGGUGGCCCGAGGUCUCCGAACAGCAACUGA